AUGGAUGGUUAUGAGGAAUCUCAAUAUAUAGAUAAUGGUCAUAUAUCGCAAUAUGAAGAUCAACAAUCACAUCAAAAUUUACAUCAAGAUCAAAAUAUAAUAGAUGGUACGCUACAGCAUCAACAUUCACAAGAAGAAUAUGAAGAUAUUCAAAAUCAACAAGAAUCACAACAAACACAACCCCAAUAUGACGAAGAAGAACAAUAUAUACCAAACCAUCAAAAUAUAGUAGAUGAAUCAGAAUUAUUAGCGGCACAAGCAGCAGCGGAAGCAGCAGCAGCAGCUCAACAACAACAACCAGGAGAUGUUUUUAAUAAUGUAGCUCAAGGAUUAGAAGGUAAACAUAGAGAUACAAUGAUGCAAUAUUGGCAAGAAACUAUCAACUCUAUUGAACAUGAUGAACAUGAUUUCAAAAAUCAUCAAUUACCAUUAGCAAGAAUUAAGAAAGUAAUGAAAACUGAUGAAGAUGUUAGAAUGAUUAGUGCAGAAGCUCCUAUAUUAUUUGCAAAAGGUUGUGAUAUUUUCAUAACUGAAUUAACUAUGAGGGCUUGGAUUCAUGCAGAGGAAAAUAAAAGAAGAACUCUACAAAAAUCAGAUAUUGCUGCUGCUUUAACAAAAAGUGAUAUGUUUGAUUUUUUAAUUGAUGUUGUACCAAGAGAAGAAGAAAAACCAAAUAAAAAAAAUAAUCACAAUAAUCACAGUAAUAAUUCAAAUAACCCAGCUUCUAAUAAUUAUGGAGUACAACAAUAA